AUCCUACCAUACCGUACAAGCAGGUUUGGGAAAAACCUGCCACGGCACUUAAAUCUUUGCCUCCCCUUCCUCUCCCGUCUCCCUGCAAAGCCGCGAGCAGGAAGGAAGAGGCAGACAGGAUGGAGCCGGUGCUGGGGCAUUUUGCGUCUGCCUUCAUUUCCGCGAUCGUCACGGAGCUGGUCAACAAAGGCCUCACUUUAUUCACGAAACGCAACCGCCUCAAGAUGAAGCUGGAGCAGCUGGAGGAGCUCCUCCCAAAGAUCCGGUCCCUCCUCACGGCCGCCGAGCGGCGACAGACCUAUCAUUUCACUCGGGAGCAGCGACUUCAGUUGACGAAGCUGAGAGAUGCUAUUUACUCCGCAGACGACGUCCUCGACGAUUUCGAGUACCAGCAUCUCGAGCGCCAAUCUCGCAAGUUCAAUCUUUGGCCCGGGAGCACUGGCGUUGAUAUGUUGGAAAAAGCAGUCGAUGACAUUGAAAGUGUUAUUAAGGAUUUCAAUCAUGAGUUUGAUUUCCUAAAUGGUUCGGAACCGGAACACGGUGACCAGGAUUCCCCGGAGACGACCUCACAGCUACCUCUAGCACGCGUGUUCGGGCGAGAAGGUGAGGUGCGGCAAAUACUCGAAAUGCUCGAGCGAGGGGGAGGAGAAAAUUUCCGGUACAGAUCAGGUUUCGGCGUCCUUCCCAUAGUAGGCACCGCAGGAGUCGGUAAGACCACCCUUGCGCAGCUCAUCUACAAUCACGAAUUCGUCAAGCGGGAAUUCCCGACGAGGAUGUGGGUUUACGUGUCCGACAAAUUUAAUGUCAGAAAGCUGACCGUAAAGAUGAUACACAGCGCUUUGGAUGAAGAGCAGCAGCAGCAGCAGCUGCAGCUGCAGCUGCUGCCUCGUAAGGACUACGGCAGUUUACAGGGCGCGCAGGCCGAUCUCGAGCGUCUGUUGACGGGCAAGAGGUUCAUGCUCGUCCUCGAUGACGUUUGGGAAGUGAUUAAUUCCGAAGAAUGGGGCAACCUAUGCAAGCCCUUUAGACUAGCAGCGAAGAGAAGCGUAGUUUUGGUGACGUCUCAAAUUCAGUAUGUGGCGUGCCAAAUAGAGCCGAUGGACCCGGUGACGUUAAGUGGUUUGGAUGCUGACGAUUAUUGGCGGCUGUUCAAGCACUCUGCGUUCGGAGGAGACGACCCUGCUGAGCACUCUAACUUGGGAAAGAACGUCGGCGGGACGUCCGAAAAGGUUAAAGAGAAGUCGAGAUUGGAAGAAAUAGGUUCGGAGAUUGCUAGUAGGCUGGGCGGCUCACCCUUGGCCGCCAAACUACUGGGAAGUGUGUUAAGCCGAAACAAAGAUGAGGACCAUUGGGAUCAAAUCCUGCAGAGUGAUUUGUGGAACGUAGAGAAUAUCAUUUCCCCCUCCUUUUGGUUGAGUUAUAAGUAUCUAAAUGGACAGCUAAAGCAUUGUUUUGUUUACUGCGCAGCGUUUCCUCAAGGUUUCAUUUUCGAGAAAGAUAAGCUAGUCCAAAUGUGGGUGGCACAAGGCUUUAUACCUCCUAGCAGUGACGAAAGACCGGAGGAUGUUGGGGAUCGCUACUUUGAGGAAUUAGUUGAUAGAUCAUUCUUUCAACCUGUUUGGAAUGAUAAAUAUAUGAUGCAUAGCUUGAUCCAUGAAUUGGCACAAUCAAUUGGUUCCGAUGAGUUCUUCACAUUUGCUGACCGGCCGCGGGGAAUCCUGUCAAGAAUAGCUCGUCAUAUAGCUUUUUCGUCAAGAACAGCUCGUCACAUAACUGUUAGGACUGAUGAUCUACUGCAACUAGAGCGUGCGCUAAAGAACAAUAAUAUUAAUCUAAAGCAUCUGCGCACUAUUUUAUUCUUCGGUGGGUAUAAAGAUUCUAUCCCAUUCUGUAAUCUUCUCGACUCCAUAUUCCAACAGGCCAAAAGCAUAAGAGUGCUGGAUUUAUCUCAUACAUGUAUGACAGAUUUGCCAAGCUCGAUCGAUAAUUUAAAACACCUGCGAUACUUGGAUUUAUGUGGUAACAGAGUAACGUCAUUGCCUCAAGACCUUUGCUCGCUUUACCAUCUGCAGGUGUUAAAUGUUAAAUGGUGCCCUCUUCAGCAACUGCCAGAAAAGAUGAAUAGAUUGAUUAACUUGAGACACAUUUGUGCGGACACUCUGACAAGUUCAAUAAUAUCUCAAAUCCUAAAGCUUACAAACCUUCAGGAGCUAGAAAACUUUCGUGCUGGGAACAGCAAUGAAUUAAACGCCCUCGCAUGCAUGACCGAACUUAGGGGUCCUCUCCAUGUUACGGAUCUCCAUCUUGUCAAGGUUGGAGAGGCUAAAGAGGGGAUUUUGAAGGAAUCGAAGCACCUAACUUCACUGUGGUUAUCAUGGGAUUCUGAGGGACAAGGCAUACGACAAGUAGAUGAUGCACAAACUACUCUUGAUGAGAAAGUCCUGCAAUGCCUUCAGCCACAUGACAAUCUUAAAGAGCUAAGAAUUGAUAGUUAUGUCGGUCGUAGCCCACCCAAAUGGAUGCUAACAGAUAAUCGUCAUUCCAACGUAAGAUCCAUGUACUUAAUUGGUUGUGUUAAUUUGCAAAACCUCCCACCUUUGGAGCUGCUGCCUAAACUUGAGAUCCUAGAGAUUAAAGGUAUGCAUGCAUUGGAAAAAGUUAGCUGUCAAUCACUUGGUCAUGACUCGGUAAAAAAAGGGUUUCCAAGGUUGGAGAAACUUUCGAUCGAUGACCUGCCAAAUUUAAAAGAGUGGACGGGGGUAGAGGAUGGUCAGUUUUUUCCUUGCCUUUGUGAGCUUGUUGUUCGAAAUUGUCCCACUCUAGAAAGAUUUCCUUACAUCCCUCAACUUAAGAAUGUCCGUCUAGAAAAUGUUGGACUGGUUUCUCUUAUAGCAUUCUUCAAUGUAUGCCUUUCGGAGGUCACGCUACCAGAAAGCAGCAGUAGCAGUAGCAGCAGCAAAGGGAUUCCAUUGGCAUUUCCGACCAUUUCUUCCAUGUACAUCAGCAAGUGUCCAUACUUAAUUUCUUUUGGGGAAAGCUCAAAUCAACUAUUUCUUCCUCGACUCUUUGAACUCGAGAUACGAAACUGCCCGCAGCUUUGUUUGCUGCCAGAUCUACCACCUACAUUAACAAAAUUGAUUAUUGAAGAUGCUGGACUGGAAGAACUUCCAAGAAUACAGGAGAAGGGCUUGACAGGUGGUGUUGAGAUGGUGGGAACAGGUUCUUUUCUCUCAACCUUGCAUAUUAGUAGCUGCCCAAAGUUGAGUACCCUAAGUAUAGGCUUGUUUCAGCAACAAGGACUCCGAAGACAUCUUGGAAAGUUAUCGCUCAAGAACUGUGAAAAUCUCAAAUCUGAUCUGGACGAAGGGUUUAAAAAACUCACUGCACUAAAAGAGUUGACUAUUAUUGAUUGUCCCAAGCUAUUUAUCUCUCAUGUUCACGUAUCUCUCAAGACGAUUGAAGUCAGUGAGUGUUUUAUUACUCAAGGUGCUCGGUUCGGUCAUCAGAAUCCACUUCUCCACUCUAUUGAGACUGUAAAGAUUAUUGGCUGUCCACAUGCAAAUUCUGAUGAAGUUCAAAAAUUGAAGAUGCCGGACUCAUUUAAGCUGGACUCAUUUAAGCACCUUACAGCCGUCGAUCGCCUUUAUUUGGUGAACACGUCUGUUCUCACACUUGAUCUAUUUACAGAACUUCGCUCACUGAGAAUUCUGGAUAUAGAUGGUUGCCAGAAAUUUCUAACCAAUCAGCCACAGCUUUUGCACUUCAGCAAACUCCAACAUUUGAGCAUCCGGAACUGCAAAGAGCUCCCAUACCUCCCUGAGGAUCUAAAUACUCUUAAAUCCCUCAUGGAAUUAUGCAUUGAAAAUUGUCCUUUGAUAACUUCUCUGCCUCAGAAUGAUCUGCCACCUUCACUCGAAAGCUUGUCUAUCCGUGGAUGCGAUCCACUGUUGAAGCAACAGUGCCUAGAUGCCAACUAUUUCUUUCCAAAGAUUUCUUACAUUCCUUACAUUUGCAUUGAAGGAGAAGUAAUACAAUCAGGAGGAGUUUUGCGGCAUCCAGGACUCAUCGUUUUGUUAGGCGUACUCAAGUUUUAAGGAACUUGAUCGAGAUGGUCUUGCAUUUUGCUUAAACGGACGGAAUUGGAGGUAUAUGUUGUGGUCUAUUUUUGUUUAGCGCAAUUUUAUGGCUCUUUGUCAUUUACCUUUU